AAUAAACAGAAUAUUAACAAUACUACUGAUAAUAAUAAUAAUCCGAAAUUGGAAUAAAGUUUUAUUCACAAGGAUCAUAAAUUACACACACACACACAUAUCAGUGCAUAUAGAUGAAGCAGACUAAAUGAACAGUAGCGAACAUCAUUUACAAAUUAUCAAGUUAACACCGAGUAAAACAUGUAAAUGGACGCUGAAAACACUCCAUGAUCUACCAUCGUCUUAUAUCUCAAAUAAUGAUGAGCAUAGAAUAACGUCUGAUAAUGCCUUAACAAAUUCAUCAAAUGAAAGCCUUCAUUAUGUCUGGUUUACAUGGACUACAAUUGUACCAAUUGUCAUUGUUAUAUGCACCAUCCUUGGCAAUUCCCUGAUAUGCUUUGUAGCGCUGAUUGAUCGACAUUUAAGGCAUAGAUCGAAUGUCUUCUUUAUUUCAUUAUCGCUGACAAAUAUUCUAUUUUCAUGCAGUGUUAUGACUUUUAGUAUUAUGUAUAAUCUUAUACAACCGGAGAAAUUUUCUGAUGAUUUGGUGAAAAUCUUUUUAUCCUUAGAUAAAUUAUUUUGUACUGCUACUAUAUUACAUUUAGUUGUUAUGGCAUUCGAUCGUUUUUUACACAUAAAAGCACCGCUGAAAUAUUCCCGCCGGCUGAAAUUACGAUUUUUGUUUACAAUACUGUCUGGUCUAUGGUUUCUAUCGAUUCUUAUAGCUAUUUUACCAAUCCAGCUAAAUUGGCAUACACCGAAUUAUACAGAGUGUACAAGAACAUCAACUACUGACAGCGCCUCGAAUACCAGGACAUUUGAACAUGGUGGUGAUAAAUUAACAGAUGCUAUAAAGGAAAACUGUACAAAACAUCCUUUUUACUCAUCAGCAACAGUGGAAACGGUGGCGCCGUCAAAUGAUGCCUCCGUCGCACAUCCAUUCUUUACACCAGAAACGGAUAUUUCAUGUAUUCAUCAAAUCGAUUGUUUUUAUGCCCUGACAAACGCUACAUUCAGUUUCGUAAUCCCACUUACCCUCAUGGUGAUCAUAUAUACACGUUUAUUUCUGCUAACAAAACAACAUAUAAGUAGAUUGAAUUUUUAUCCGAAUUCAUCGAAUUGUUCACGUGACUUGUCGUCUUGUGAAAAUACCAAUGGUAAGCACCAACACCAGCAACAGCAGAUAUUAAACACAUCACAUACAUCACCAAAUAUUAUGUUCCAACGAAAAUCCCUAUCAAGUACACGUAAUAUGUUCUUGGAUCCAAAUUAUGAUUCAACUAGUAUUCUUAGAAGUUCACUGACUGUUUCCUCUGAUGUAUAUAAACUUCGUCCACGUUUAUCCAGAUCACAUUUAGGCGCAUCAUUGCGUUCUGUGCAAAUAACACCCAGAAAUGGAUGUUUCUCUGUAGUGAAUAAAUCACUAGCUGUACACUAUAAAACAUCGACUAGUUCUUUUUCAUCUCUUGAACAAUCGUCACGUAGAAAGUAUAGUCUACCGGGUUUAUGUAUCCCAUUUAAUAAGUCGUCUAAUGUUUAUGCGAAUGCUAUGACAACGCUAUCUCGUCCACAAAUUCAAUUGAAUACUUCAGAUAAACAAAUACAUAAAGCGCAUAAAGCGGCUAUAACACUCGGUGUGAUAUUGGGUUCAUUCACUGUAUGCUGGUUACCGUAUUUCUCGAUUAAUUGUAUGGCAUCAUUUUGCAACUGUAUACCAAAAGAAACAAUCUUUGCAGCAACGUGGCUUGGUUAUUUUAACGCUUGUUUAAACUCUGUCGUCUAUUCCCUGUUGAACAACAAAUUUCGCAUCGCUUGUGCUAAAAUUUUGUGUGCAUGGCACUACAAUCGUGAACGACGUCAUCAAUAUGGAUUGGAUAAUUUAAAGCAUUUCGGAGAUGCACCUAUUCAUCUAGCACUUGGUCGUGUACCAUGGCAUAAAGAUUAUGAAAGUGUAAAUAAAAGUACAAAAUAAACUGGCGCUGUGUUGUUUAUGUCUUCAACAGUACAUAAUAUAUGCUCUCUCCCACACACACACACACACUUGUCUGUGCAAACAUCUACAUGUUGUAUAUGUCUUAAUCUUUUGUUCAACCGUUGUCUAUGUGUAUGUAUGUGUGUGCGUCAGACAUGCUGAAAUUUAAGAAUACAUUCACAGCUUUUAUUGUUUCUUGCAAUAUAGCAUCGUCUCAAAAUGUAUAUUCACUGAUAUUCCAUUCACUUACCCCCCUCCCUCAGACGCACACACCCUUUCAGAUGCAUGUAUCACUCUUACCGUUUUUCCUCUCUACCUCUACUGUGAUUAUUACUGUACAUAUCAAAGCGUAAAAUUAAAAAAAUUCUUCAAAAGGC